GAGACAUGCUUCCUCUCCCCGCCUCUCGCCGCUCUCCGUCCAUGGCGCGUCUCCAGCUCUGAAACCACUUUGGCUCGGGACACCGGCGGCAGCGCUCCUUCCCUGCGCUUCGCACACAGACACACACUCGCGCACACAUUUGCAAAUGCAGCUUAUAGGAUUGGAGAAUAUCUACUGCCUGAUAGACAACGUUGAUGAGAAACCACGUUUUUUUUGUUUGUUUUUUCAGCCGUUUACGCGCAAAAGCCGCAAACUAAAGUGAUCUGCCACUGAUGGGCGAAGACAUGAGAAGAAAAAACACUAAAUAAAUCAACUAUUUGUCCACCCAACGACUAAAAGUGUGUCCGAGCCACUCAAUGAGCACAUCCAACACUCAGCAGCCCAUAAAUGCAAUACUAUCUUGACAAUGGAUGAUAUCAGAUGAGUAUUGACCUUUUUCUUCAUUUUCCCUCUUCUCCCUUAGUACCUUUUCCCUCUGUGUGUUUAUGACUGUAGGGAUCAUGUAGGACAACAUUGAUCUUUUCUCCUAUCACAGGAGCUCCACUGUAACUCGGGGUCACAUGCAUCUUGUUCAUUGCUCUGCUCUGCCUUCUGCCUGUAGCUUGUGUGUGGCAUUGGUUAAAACAGAGAAAGAAAAAGGAAGAAGCAUGGCUUGAUCAAUGGAAACCAGAGUGGCAAAGACAAGCUAGGCUUCCAAGUCCCCCUGGUGCUGCUACUGUUGCUCAGCCUUCAGUGGUUUCCCAGACUGAUCAUCAGCUUUUGCCAAUAAACAGCCUCACUCGGAGGAUCUGUGAACUCACUGAGGCGCCUUAAUAGAAAAAUCUUUGGCACUGUCACAUCCCUCAAUCACCUGCAUCCCAAAUCCCUCAGUCCCACCCUCAUCACUAAGUUCUAACCUCAUUUAUUGCUUUUAUUUUCCACAGAGGCAAUUACCUUUCUCACACCAUGCUCCAACACUCUUGCUGCCGGCUGUGUUGUCUCAGCAGCAGUGCCUGCGUUCAGUGAAUUUACAACUCAAACCUGCCCAAGGAGCGUGCACCACACAGUGUAAUCUUUGGUUGAUCCUGUCCCCCAGGCCUUUAUCCCUUGUAAGAAGUGUUAUUGUAUGAGGUAUACAAAGCCUGAGACCACGUGAAGCCUGCAGUCCCCUUCCAGCUGUUGACAGACUGUCUUUUAUUUCAGAUGUGAGUCCUGGCGCAGGAGGAGUUAUAAGCCAGGGAGGCAGGAGGACUUGAAAAUCAAAUUGCCCAAAUCUAUUGAAGCAUCUGUCUUCAUUCUCCAGAGGGCUGCAGGGUGUGGAGCAGAGGGGCUCUAGAAAGGAAAACAAAACCUGUCACUGAGGAAUUAUAUGAUGUGCCUUGGUCAGCCCGCUGUGUAUGGAUGUCUGGGCUGUGAAACUGACAGUUUUUUAAGUCACACAGAUGGAAAGAAGCUUCACAUUUCUCAUUAGCAGCAAUCAUUUCUACAUUUUUCUGUCUCGUGCUUCUUUACAGAGUUGCUUUGAGACAAGCAAACAACAGUUUACUUGUUUCUGUCAUCUUGUCUGUAAAUACCAGUUCAAGAAAGUUUCUUCCCCUGAUGAGUUCAUUCUCUGUGUUAGCUGUUUUUAGCCAUAUUCAAACAGAAUGGCUCAUGAUGACAGCUUGAUUUCUUUUCCCUUCACCCACAGAGUAAACGUCUUUGGUUUGGCGCUGUUUGUGAUUAAUGGAACAUCAAAAGCUCAGUGUGAUACAUUCCUGAGGAUAUGAGUCUGCCAGGGACACAUAAACAUCAUUAAUGAAGAAGACGCAAACUGGAGAGAGGCAGAGACACAGAAAGAGGGCGAGGAGGCAAAAGGAAGGAAACAUUUAUUUUUGUCAGUUAAAUGACAUAUUUUAACCUGUGGUUUAAACGAUGAUUGCCUCUGCAAAGCUGCUUUGAGUGAUGAAGAGAAAGUUGCACCCAGGGAUCUUGUAUGACUACCUACCAUCGGUUUGGUGCACAUGGGAGCGAAUGGGUGGCAACACCCUUUUUUUUCUAACUCCAUUUGAAAAAAUCAUAUCUUUCUUUGCUCUUUCAUGGCCAGUGGCAAAGAACUCGGAAGCAUACAAAGGAAACUUCUCAGCUCAUGAAGACAGCUAUAUUUAUCUGAGUAUGUAGCUCUCUUCUGGGCUUAGAGGCUUAAUUACCCAGCAGAGGGGGGAGCAAAAAUGAAAUGCAAUUAUGCAACAGUGUGCAGACUAACCCGAACACUGGAGCUGUUGUAGAUAGAAACAUCACUGCUACUAUUUCACAGUGAGGGUCAAACCUUUGCGUCACAUUUCUUUGCAGAAACUGGGGGUUUGUAAAGAAAAAAAAAAAUUCUGAACCUUUAAACUGUUUAUUCAAAGCAUUUAAGCUUCUUAUGUCAGAAAUGCUAAAAGGUGCCAUCUGUUUUCUUUCCUUGUGGAUGAAACAUUCCUUAGGAGCACAUAAAAAAAAAAAAGAAAUACUGCAUAUGUGCAAUCCAGAAAUAGUUUGACAUUUUGCUAAAUUGUCUACUUAGUUUUAAUGCUAAGAGAGUCAAGGUUAUAUUUUUUAGCAUGUAGUACAACAGCAUAUCAUAAUAUGCUAUUUCAUAUUUCCUGCACUGUCAGUCUCAUUUACUCUUUUUUAUUUUUUUUUUUUUUUUUACUUACAAGAACAUGCUGUCAAGGUUUCACGGUUGGAAACUCCAGACAGGAAAAGUUAUUUAUACUUAACCUUUUACUGCUCAAGUGCCCUUGAGCAAUAUUCCUAACUGCUCCAGUGAGAGCUGCUCAUAAGACCAGCAGAAGAAACCUACAGGCAUGAAUGUGUGGAAGCUGCACAUGCAUGAAGCAGGAAAACAGCAUCAAAAUGAAAUCUCAUUUUGUGUGUCUCUCUCUGCCUCCCUGUCGACCUCAGCGUGAAGGAUGUAGAGCCAGAGGUGGGGGAAGGAUGGAGUGCUCCUGGAAGACAGUGCUGCUGCUGGUAUGUGCAUCUCUUGGGGUCCAAUACACGGCCAUCCGGACCCUGAGGGACUCGCUGUCUGGACCUUGUCAGGGAGCCUACCGGUGCCGGAGCAGAUAUCAUGGAGAUUCCAGAUGGGCAGCCUUGUGUGAUGACAACUGGAUGCCGACAGAGUUGCCUCGGAAACACAUCCUGCUGUUUGCCACCACACGCAGUGGCUCGUCCUUCACAGGGCAGCUUCUUAACCAACAUCCUGGGAUCUUUUACGUGUUUGAACCUCUCUAUCACGUCCAACAGGCUUUUACCAACUCCAGCAGCAGACUGCGACGUACCUUGGACCGCCGGGCUCUGCUGGGAGCAUACAGAGACCUCCUCCUCAAUCUGUACACUUGUGAUCUUCACUUCAUGGAAAAUUACAUCCGUCCUGAGCCCCAGGAACACAUCACAAGCUCUUUUUUCCGACGGAGCUCCAGCCACGCCCUAUGUUCUCCUCCCGUGUGCGUGGAAGGGGUGGCUGCCACAGCCGCUGAUCCGCCUGAUGAAACAUGGUGUCCUAAGAAGUGUGGAGCACUAAACCUGACUUUAGCCUCUAUGUCAUGUCUGUCAAAGAGGCAUGUUGCCAUAAAAACCGUGCGGAUUCCCGAGGUAGGAGACCUGCGCACUCUGACAGAAGAUCCACGCCUGGACCUGAAGAUCAUCCAUCUGGUGAGAGACCCCAGAGCCAUCCUGGCCUCACGCAUGAUGGCGUUUUCUGAUCAGUUUCGUGCUUGGAAAAUAUGGAACGCGACUGGGCGGCAGCCUCGAUUCGUAGACCUGUCACAGAUCACCAGCACGUGUAAGGACAUGAUGGCUUCUGCAGAAACAGGUCUGCAGAAACCAGCAUGGCUGCGUGGACGCUACUUGCUAGUGAGGUAUGAAGACUUGGCUUUCAACCCAAAUGCCAAAACAAACGAGGUCUACCAGUUUGUGGGGCUGGAGAUGGAAGAGAGGGUGAGGAUGUGGAUUGCAAAGAACACCGACAGUAAUGUGUCCUCUCUCUCUGAGUGGAAUUACAGAUACUCCACCAGCAGAAACUCCAGAGCAACAGCUGAGAACUGGAGGCUUCAUCUUGGUUUUGACAUUGUGAGGACGGUUCAGAGUCUGUGUAAUGACACUCUGGCUCUGCUCGGAUACAAGCAGGUUCAUUCUGCAGCUGAUCUCCGAAACUUGUCACAUUCUUUAGUGGAGCACAGGACAUUUCAGCCUGUCACGUGAUGGUUUUAUUAAUGGUUCAAAAAGAAGAAAAUAACUUAUUUAUUUAUGCAUAAAUACUGAGCCACUGAGUUGAGUGAAUGUAACUUAUCUUGAUUUUGCAUAAUGGCUGGAGUAAUUUAAUGUCAGUGGAAGAUUUUGUUGCAUAAUAAAGGAUCAUGUGGUGCAAAGAAACAUUAGGAUGCUUUAAGAUAAAGCCAGAACUGUUUUAGUAAAGACCACCUACACUGAGUCCAAGUCAAGUCCAAAUCAACAGAGACUAACAGAUUAUGCUUAAAUUUAUGUACUUUGAGAGGAGGUCAAGGCCGAGUCAAAAUCAGGCCAAAGAAAAACUACAUAAGUUUAAGUAAAAUCUUUUUCCAGACUUAAAAUGUUAAGAUCAGCUCAGCAUGGGUACCAUGGGUCCAUGCAGCAGUCAUCAGGCUCAUUUUCUGAUUCCAAACUUUUAGAAUAACAAAAAACUGUGAAACUGUUUGAGGACUUUGUUCUGUUUUGUUUUUGUCCAGAUGUGCUCCCAGUUCCACCAAGAUGGCGGUAAACUGCUAUCCGAUGAUUGGACCUGUCUAAUCUGACCAAGAGUUUCUUUUGUGGUCUUACGUGGCUUCUAUAUUAUACUUAUCCUUCUAUGUUAAGCGAUUCAAAUGCCUCACAACUCUACCAACGAAGAGCACAGGACUGUGUAUACCUGCACAGCGGUCUGAAUCAUGUUAACAUCCGA